AUGGGCAACAAAAAUAACAAGCCGGUUGUUCCCAAAGGCUGGGUCGCCGUUUGGGACGACAAAUACAAUGAAUGGUUCUAUGUCGACGAGUCAACGGGCAAAUCGCAAUGGGACGCUCCCAAGGGCACUAGUUUCGGCGAGCCUCACGAGGAGGCCCCUCCUCCAUACUCAGAAGUUGUUGACAAGCCGGCCGCACAGGGACCAAGCGGUGCAGGCCGUGGGUCUAGAAUCAACCUGCCGUCCACCGCAAAGCCCCAGACCGCAAACGUUGGCGCCUCUCAACCGUAUCCGCAAUAUCCACCACAGCCCUACGCUCAGCCAUACGCACAGCCCUACGCUCAGCCAUACGCACAGCCCGCUCCAUAUCCCCAGCAGUACCCUGCUAACUAUAGUCAGCCGUCCAGAAACCGUUUUGGCGGGAUGGGCGGCAUGGGAAUGCUCGGGGGCCUGGGAGCAGGUGCGCUUGGUGGCCUGCUUCUGGGCGAGAUGAUGACCCCAGACACUGUGAUCUACGAAAAUGGCGGUGGCUACGGCGAUUUCGGAGGCGGAGGCGAUUUCGGCGGCGGAGACUUUGGCGGCGAUUUCUGAACCCAAUGGGACUAUGUAGUGACGUUAAAAUAAAUACUUGGUGAUUACUCGUUUUACCAUCCCGCACGCACAUAAAUAUUUAAAUAAUUAUUUAUUCUCCAUCGUCUGAUGG